AUGAUGAAGACUUCUGUAAUGCUCAUGUUAGUAGUCGUGAUCAGUCUGAUAUGUUCAGGCGAGGCGCAGGAGGUAGCGCGCACGUACUGUGGCCGACACUUGGCGGAUACACUCGCCGACUUGUGCUUCGGGGUGGAGAAACGCAGCGGUGCGCAGUACGCGCCCUACUUCUGGACGAGACAACACUUGGGAACUCGCGGGAAACGCGGCGUAGUGGACGAAUGCUGUUUCCGGCCUUGCACACUUGACGUUCUCUUAUCUUACUGCGGUUAG